UUCCAUGGUAGCCGCUAGCAUGGUUGACGCUAGCAUGCUAGCCGCUAGCUACAGCGAAUAAGCGCCAGUCUCGUGGUGUUUGUUGGGACCAUCGGUUGCUUAGCAACAUCUUUUCAUCAAGACUGAAUUAGUGAAGCUGUGCAGUAGUUUCCAAUUACGCCAAUUACGUGCAAAGCGUCGUCAUUGAAAUCCAGAGUUGAGCAACGUCAGUCCAAGAGGCCCGGUGAUUGGCAGGCGACCAGUCCACGGUGGACCACGCCUGUCGUCCAUAGUCAGCUGGGAGUCGCAGGAACAGAACACGGACAAUUGCGGCUACAUUGUGCAGAACCGGACCGCAGGAAGAAAAUGACUUGAGGACCGGAAUGCCGCUUCAUGCAUCAGAGCAUAUCAUAGCAACCCCUGGAUACGAGGCAGCACAGCGAUGACAUCGGGGCAGACUGCUUCAAGGCUUAGCAGGAAGUCCAUCAGCCAUGGCCGGUCCCAUCAUCAGGAAUUGGUGGAAUACCUACCAGUUGGGAAAAUCUGACAGCAAAGACUCCAACAGAGAGGAGGACGAGGACGUGACGGUGAAAAGGCAGUUGUCCAUAAGCCAGGCCCUGCGAACCAGGCAGCUACGCAUCAACUUCGACGAAGGACGCCCGGUGUUGAGUCUUAGAGCGCCGCUGGAUCUGGUCCAGUUCCCGUCCGUCUCCUGCCCCCGCUGGCCCGUAGAGUGCGAGGUCAUCAGCAAUGCGGUCCAUCACAUCGAGUGGGAACCUCCUCAUCCCGAACCUUUCUACUACCCCAAGGGCCACGAGAGGAUCCCCUUUCUUUCGGGGGAGGAGGGCCGACAGGUGGUCUACUCUAUAGACAAUGGCAACAAGUGUUCCUACUUCACGUGUUCUCGUGCCGGAGGGUCCAGGGUGUCGGAGAGAAGAGCCUCUUUCAGUGACGCCAGUCAAAAACAACGCUCUCUUGAGUUCGAGUCCCGAUUUGAGAGCGGGAACCUUCAGAAGGCUGUGCAAAUCGGCCCCUUCAACUACGAGCUCAGCCUGCGCACCGACCUGUACACCAGCAAGCACACGCAGUGGUUUUACUUCCGAGUGAGGAACAUGAAGCCCGGGGUCACCUACCGCUUCACCAUCGUCAACUUCACCAAGCGCCGCAGCCUUUAUUCCCAGGGUAUGAGGCCGCUGCUGUACUCCCAGAGAUCUGCCGACGAGAGCUCUGUGGGCUGGCAACGCGCCGGCUCCAAUAUCGCGUACUACCGCAGCCAGAACAGGAAGGCCAACAACGAGUCUGAGAGCCUGUACUCCCUGACGUGGACCCUCCAGUUCCCGUACGAAGCCGACACCUGCUACGUGGCGCACUGCUACCCCUACACCUACUCCCACCUCCAGUGCUACCUGAGGCACAUCUCCUCCAAGCCCACCGUGGCCUCCUACUGCAAAGUACGGGUGCUGUGCCACAGCCUUGCUGGGAACGUGGUCUACGUGCUGACCGUCACCUCACGGACCGGCGGCAAGGUGAAGGACAACGGCAACAAGAAGGCCGUCGUGGUGACGGCCCGAGUCCACCCUGGAGAAACCAACAGCUCCUGGAUGAUGGAGGGGUUCCUCGACUUUCUACUCGGGGACUCGGAUGAUGCUCAGCUUCUGCGGGACACUUUUGUUUUUAAGGUGGUGCCGAUGCUCAACCCAGACGGGGUGGUGGUGGGCAACUACCGCUGCUCUCUGGCCGGCAGGGACCUCAACAGGAACUACAAGUCCGUGCUCAGGGAUUCCUUCCCGUGCAUAUGGCAUACCCGCAACAUGGUGGAAAAACUGAUGAACGAGACAGACGUCGUUCUCUACUGCGACUUCCACGGCCACAACCGUAAAAACAACGUGUUCAUGUACGGCUGCAACAACCAGGAGGACGCCUCGUCCCGCCUCCACGAGAGGGUCUUCCCGCUGAUGAUGAGCAAGAACGCCAGCGACAAGUUCUGCUUCAAGAGCUGUAAAUUCCAGGUUCAGAAGAGCAAAGAGGGAACGGGUCGAAUCGCCAUGUGGAGACUCGGCAUCAAGAACAGCUACACCAUGGAGGCCACCUUUGGUGGCUCCACGCUCGGAGACCGUAAGGGGACCCACUUCACCACUCAAGACCUGAAGUCUCUGGGCUUCUACGUUUGCGACACCUUGCUGGACUACUGUGAUCCAGAUCCCAGUAAGAUGACCUACUGCCUGACUGAACUCACAGCUCUGCUGAGAAAGGAAGCCAAGGAACGUCUGGGCAAAGAAUCAGACACCGACUUCUCCGUCUCCGAUUUGGAAUCUGGCACCAGCGGUUCUGAUAGUUCUGAUUCUGAUGGACUUCCAGCUCACUUGCUCCAGCAGGCACCCAGCGACCACGAGGAGCACCCCCCCGUGAAGAACAAAAAGAAAGUGAGUCACAAAAGAAGGAACAGGCUGAGGUCCACCAUCCACCAACCAACGGUUCCGCCUGAGAGCAGCCCCCAGCAUGCAGAGCCUGAUCUUCAGCGUGAGGAGGAUGCAGGCAAACGGAGCAGCAAGGAAAGCCUGCUGGGAAGACACCGGAGGAAAUGGCAGGUCAAUACUCCAGUCAGGAAGAUUGUCAUCCCCGCAGCGCAUGCUAACCAUGGAGACGUCCGUCAUGUGACCCUGUGGCAAGGCUGUGAGCCCGUCAAGGAUGAUCGUGGCGAAGACUCCGGCCCGGCAGCAAACAUGCGGAGGGCGCGCCCAAACAUCAACACCAUUGUCACUCUUUCGCCCCGCAGAGGCCAGCAAAGAAACACAGCCCAGUGGAGGUACUCAUCCCAGCUGCUGCACCUCAGCGCCGUGCUUCCUCGCCCCCCCAAAUUCAUGCAUCCCAUCCAGCAUCAGCAUCAGCAUCAGCAGCGCCAGCAGCAGCCGUGCUUAUCUAGGCGGUCACCCUUCCACGCCGACAGGCGCCUGCUGUCCAACAUCACCAUCGAACACUUGCCCGGCUGCCCCGGGUGCAAAGGGGCGCACUCCUACCUGGGGCCCAACCGCUACUACGUGCACGAAGACUUCCCCAGCGGGCAUGCCGACGUAGCCAGCAAGAAAUGGCGGGAAAAGAGGAAGGAAGGAGGCGUGGCAGAAGUGGGAUUGCUGAAACAUAAUCCAUUUCAAGAGCGGAACCGUGGAGACGUCAUCUUGGAACUGUCCCGGAGAAAAUCUGCCCCCCACUCCAACGUCUUAGUUCCCGUGCUGAGGUGCACGGACCUGCGAGGAACCAGUCUGUGCGACACGACCCGAGAAGACAAAGGAACAAAAAGUGUUUUACCCCCCGUGACAAAGUCCCCCUCGUCCACAGAGUGGCAUGAUUCAUGAGCUUUCAGGCGGAGGAUCGCCGACUUCUUCGCCCGACAAGGGAAUGUCUAAGAAGGUAUCCUUUCAGAGUACACGGCAGCCGGAAGAAUAUCCCAACUGUACUUUGUUUUCCUGGGAUAAUGGACCUCCAUCUUGUAUGGGGUAUGCUGGAGCCUAUCCCAGCUGUGUUUGGGCGAAUUAAUGGAGAUGGACAUGAUGGACAUGAUCACCUUGCAGUGUCAAUACAUAUUGAUUCAAUUAUUUGUACAAAACGUACAAAAACAAUCAUACAAUCUCAUAUGGAAUAUGCUGAAUACAAAAUAAAUAUUUUUCUGUUUUCAUGAA